AUGGCUGCGGUGCCGCAGAGGACGCUCAACUGGCUCUACAGUGUCCUGAUCAGGGAUCACUACGAUUCCAGGCAGACUUAUCAAGACCCCAACCGAACAUACUACGAUGUCGCCAACGUGCUGGCUCAGUAUCCGUCCUUGUUUCCACGGACAGAGGUGUACACCUACGAGACCGGUUUCUCGGCCCUCUUACUCCAACUCUCGGGGACACUACCAGUGACAUUUCGUGGCACCGUAUACAAAUUCCCGGUCGUACUAUGGGUCCCCAAUACCUAUCCUCGCGAGCCACCCAUCGUUUACGUGACACCGACGAAGGAUAUGGCGGUUAGGGUUGGUCAGCAUGUGACGUUGGAAGGCAGAGUCUAUCAUCAUUAUCUGGCACAUUGGGCCGGGGCAUGGGAGGUGGGUGAUAAUUCAUGGACGGGUCAUGCUGGCUGUUACCAGACCACUGACGCAUCAUCGCAGAGAUCAUCGCUAGUCGACCUCGUCUCAAUACUCCGAGAGGUGUUCGCCAAGGAGCCGCCCGUCCAGUAUAAGCAGCAACAGCAGAUACCCCAGCGACCUCAACAGCCACAACAAGUGCAAGCGCCGCCGCCUCGUCCUCCUCUUCCCCCCGAACUUGGACCUCCAGCGCAUGCACCUCCGACGACGCAGAGCGUACUAUCUCCCCAGCCAACAGCUCAGGCACCUCCUCCACCUCCCCCAAAACCGGGCCAAGUAGUCAGUCCCGAGCAGCAGCAGCAGCGAAGCACUCCGACAUGGCAGAACAACACCCCUUCUCCGAUUCCUCCACUUCCGCCAAAGGAGCAGGAUCUCCGAAGAAUAUCGGUUCACCAGCACGCGGGUGUUGGCAGCCCCGGGAGUGGCCACCCGCAGUAUGUCCCCGAGCGAUCAGAAGGACCGGCGAGUCCAUACCAUUAUCAUCCUCAACAUCAGGCUCCCGCAGCGCAGCCAAUUCCGGCGCAUACACAAGGUCCAGCUCAUCCUCAGCUUGGCAAUGGUAUGACCGCACGUCCUCUAUCCCAGAGCUUGCCCCCUAGGGCGCAUCCGCAACAGCAACCGCCGUAUAUCCCACCUCAGCAGGCUCCGCCUCAUCAUGCGACAUAUCAGCAAGCAGGCGCACAGCAUCAGCACCCACUGCCGCAUCCAGCUGCUGCGCAGCCCUCCCCUCGCGCGUUCCACCAAACCAUCCCCGUCACGCAACCUGCAGCCCAGCCGAAGAAAGAAACCCCCGACCUCCUUACUUCACCCUUCGAGCUAGAACUCCCCUCGAUUGCACCCACCGGCCCGGCGCCCCCGAUCCCUCCGAAUCCCGAGAAAGACGCUCUCCUCCAAGCCGUGUCCAAGACUCUGGCCGAAACCCUCCAGACCAACGUCGCCCAGUCCGAGACCGCCGCUCACUCCCUUCUUUCGCAAUCGCAGUCCCUGCAUGCCGCCGUCGCCACGCUGCAAGGCGAGAUCUCCUCGCUCAGCAACUUCAACGCAACCUUGCAGUCCAACUCCUCCAUUCUGCAACAAUCUCUCCACGGAGCCGACGCCGUCAUCGCCGACGCCCAGACCCGUAUCUUCUCGUCCACCGCCCCGGCGCAGUCCAGCUCUGACCCCACCCCCUCCGGACUCCCUCCCAUCGACGAAGUCCUCGUCGCCCCCACCGUCGUCGGCAAACAACUCUACGACCUCGUCGCUGAGGAACGCGGUAUCCAACAGGCCAUCUAUGCUCUCCAGUCCGCCCUCGUCAAGGGCGUCAUCGGCGUGGAGACUUGGUCGCGACAUACGCGUGGUCUCGCGCGUGAAGCGUUCUUGAAACGCGCCCUGAUUCGUAAAAUCGGCAACGGCAUGGGUCUGGAAGAUUACCCUCAUUCAUAG